CGCCCGGCUCCGCAGUACGCACGGCGGCCGCGGCGUUCGCGGUCCCUCGGGUGAAGCAGAAAGCGGGAGCUACUCGGAGAGGGAGCGAAGAGCCGGGCUGAGGCGGCGCCGUCACUGCGGGAAACACCUCCCAGUCAGCGCGCCCGCGGCCACGGCGAGCCCGAGAGCCGGCUGUGUCGCUGAGGUGGAGCGAGAACGUUCAGGAACCCGAAGAGGCGCCGGGGGAGCCGCCUUCCUCUGCCUCAGAACGGCGUGAGUCGGAGAGUUGGAACAUUAUCCAGUAUAUUAAUGUCUUAUUGAUAAUGGCAGAACAUCCACCCCCACUGGAUACUACCCAGAUUUUAAGCAGUGAUAUUUCUCUUCUGUCUGCCCCUAUUGUAAGUGCAGAUGGAACACAACGGGUUAUUUUGGUACAAGUUAACGCGGGGGAAGCCUUUACAAUAAGAAGAGAAGAUGGACAGUUUCAGUGCAUUACAGGUCCUGCUCAGGUUCCAAUGAUGUCCCCAAAUGGUUCUGUGCCUCCUGGAUACGUCCCACAGGUUAUUGAAGACAAUGGUGUUCCAAGAGUUGUUGUGGUUCCUCAGGCACCAGAGUUUCACCCUGGUGGUCACACGGUCAUUCACCGUUCUUCACACCCUCCCCUGCCUGGUUUCAGUCCUGUCCCAACCAUGAUGCCCCCUCCACCACGUCAUAUGUACUCACCAGUGACUGGAGAUGGAGAUAUGGCCACAGAGUAUAUGCCACAGUAUCAGUUUUCACAAGUCCAUGGAGAUGUAGAGGCUCACUCUACACAUGGAAGAUCCAACUUUAGAGAUGAAAGAUCUAGUAAAACGUAUGAACGUUUGCAGAAAAAAUUAAAGGAUCACCAAAGAACACAGAAAGAUAAAAUGAGCAGUCCACCAUCAUCAGCCCAGAAAUGCCCUUCUCCCACAAAUGAACAUAAUGGACUUAUAAAAGCAAAUGCUAGUGGUGUAAACACAGGAUCAGCAAAAAACAAAUCAGGGAAGGGGAAAGGUGGUACACAAGUUGACACAGAAAUUGAAGAAAAAGAUGAAGAAACUAAGGCAUUUGAAGCACUUCUUUCCAACAUUAUCAAACCGGUGGUCUCAGAUAUCCAGGCAAGGACAGUAGUACUUACUUAGUCCCCACCCUUCAGCUUUGUGAAUGGUGAAACAGAUGAAUCUACUGUACCAGAGCUCUAUGGUUAUGAAGAUCUGGUCUCAAAUACUGGAAAAUAUGGGAAGUACAAAAGUGUUUAUGUAGGAGAAGAAACAAGCAUCACUUUAAAUGAUCUCAAGCCAGCCGCAGAUUACCACGCAAAAGUCCAGGCAGAAUACAAUUCUAUAAAGGGAACUCCUUCAGAAGCUGAAAGCUUUACUACCUUGAGCUGUGAACCUGAUACACCUAAUCCACCAAGGAUAGCCAAUCGGACCAAAAAGUCACUCACUUUGCAGUGGAAGGCACCAAGUGACAAUGGUUCAAAAAUCCAAAGCUUUAUUUUAGAAUGGGAUGAAGGAAAAGGAAAUGGAGAAUUUUAUCAGUAUUACAUGGGCUCACGGAAACAAUUUAAAAUUACUAAACUGUCACCAGCAAUGGGCUGCAAAUUUAGAUUAUCUGCCAAAAAUGACUAUGGUACAAGUGGUUUUAGUGAAGAAGUCUUGUAUUACACCUCAGAUUGUGCCCCUUCUACACCAGCAAGUCCUGUGUUAACAAAGGCUGGAGUUACUUGGUUAUCCUUACAAUGGAGUAAACCCUCAGGAACGCCAUCAGAUGAAGGAAUUUCUUACAUUUUAGAGAUGGAGGAAGAAACUUCAGGAUAUGGUUUUAAGUCCAAAUACAAUGGAGAAGAUCUUGCUUACACUUACAAAAAUCUCAGUGGUAGUACUAAGUAUAAAUUUAAGGUUAUUGCUUACAAUUCAGAAGGCAAAAGUAAUCCAAGUGAAGUAGUAGAAUUUACUACCUGCCCUGAUAAACCAGGAGUACCUGUUAAGCCUUCAGUUAAAGGAAAGAUCCAUUCUCACAGUUUUAAAAUUACUUGGGAUCCACCAAAAGAUAAUGGAGGGGCAGCCAUUAAUAAAUAUGUAGUGGAAAUGGCAGAAAGUUCUAAUGGAAACAAAUGGGAUAUGAUAUACAGUGGCCCUACCAGGGAACAUCUCUGAGAUCGUCUGAAUCCUGGCUGUUUCUACUGUUUACGGGUUUACUGCAUCAGUGAUGGAGGACAGAGUGCGGUCUCUGAAUCUUUGCUGGUGCAGACGCCAGCUGUGCCUCCUGGCCCAUGCCUCCCUCCCAGAUUACAGGGUAGACCCAAAGCAAAAGAAAUACAGUUACGAUGGGUACCCCCUCUGGCUGAUGGUGGAUCACCCAUUUCCUGUUAUGGUGUGGAAAUGUGUCCUAUAGAAAAAGAUGAACCCAGAGACAUUUACCAAGGUACUGAAUUAGAAUGUACAGUGAGCAACCUUCUUCCUGGAAAGACAAGCAGCUUCAGACUGCAUGCUGCUAACAAAAUGGGGUUUGGACCAUUUUCAGAAAAAUAUGAUGUUACUACAGCCCCUGGGCCACCAGAUCAGUGUAAACCCCCUCAAGUGACAUGCAGAUCUGCAACGUGUGCACAAGUGAAUUGGGAGGUUCCUUUGAGUAAUAGAACAGAUGUCACUGAAUAUCGACUGGAGUGGGGAGAAGUUGAAGGAAGUAUGCAGAUAUGUUACUGUGGGCCUGGUCUUAGUUAUGAAUUAAAAGGACUUUCACCAGCAACUACAUAUUAUUGCAGAGUCCAGGCUCUGAGUGCUAUGGGUGCAGGCCCUUUCAGUGAAGUGGUAGCCUGUGUGACUCCAACAUCAGUUCCUGCUAUUGUGACUUGUCUUCAAGAAAUAAAUGAUGAUGAUGAUAUAGAAGAGCCUCAUUAUUCCCCUUCUACUCGCCUUGCGAUAAGCUGGGAAAAGCCUUGUGACCAUGGUUCAGAAAUCCUUGCCUACAGCAUAGACUUUGGAGAUAAACAGCCCUUGAAUGGAAAGGUCACGACCUAUAUUAUAGACAAUCUGCAACGAGACACAACAUACAGAAUACGAAUUCAAGCCUUGACUAGCCUUAGAGCUGGUCUGUUCAGCCAUAUGAUAAAGUUAAAAACUAAGCCGUUCCCUCCUGAUCCACCUCGUCUGGAAUGCAUUGCCUUUAGCCACCAGAACCUUAAGCUGAAAUGGGAAGAAGGAACCCCAAAGACAUUGUCAACAGGUUCUAUUCAGUACCACCUUCAGAUGGAGGAUAAAAAUGGAAGGUUUGUAUCCUUAUACAGAGGACCGUGUCAUACACACAAAAUACAAAGACUUAAUGAGUCCAUGUCCUAUAAAUUCUGUAUUCAAGCCUGUAAUGAAGCUGGAGAAGGUCCCCUCUCUCAAGAAUGUAUUUUUACUACUCCAAAAUCUGUCCCGGCUGCCUUGAAAUCCUCCCAAAUAAAGAAAAUAAACGAUCACAUUUGUGAAAUUACAUGGGAAUGUUUACAGCCAAUGAAAGGUGAUCCAGUUAUUUGCAGUCUUCAAGUUAUGGUGGGAAAAGGUUCGGAAUUCAAACAGAUUUACAAAGCUCCUGACUCUUCAUUUUGGUAUUCCAGUCUUCAGCUAAACUGUGAAUACCACUUCCGUGUGUGUGCCAUCCGCCAAUGCCAAGACCCUGUGGGGCACCAGGACCUCGUUGGUCCCUAUAGCACCACCGUUCUCUUCAUCUCUCAGAGGACUGAGCCAUCAGCCAGCACCAACAGAGACACUGUGGAAAGCACAAGGGCCCAGCAGGCGCUCACCAAUGAGCAGUGUGCGGCCGUCAUCCUUGGGCUGUUCACUUUCUUUUUCAUUUUGAUUGCCUUUAUCAUUCAGUACUUCGUAAUCAAGUGA